AUGGCCAAAUACAUCGUCGCCCUUGCCCUGCUGGGUUGCGCUAUGGCUGAGCCUCCAGUGGGCUACAGCUACUCCGCCCCCUCAUCCUCCAUCUCCCUGGGCUCCCUCAGCGGCGGCGGCCACUACCACUCCGUGCCCGUCGGCCACUCCGAAAGCGAAGGUUACUUCGUAGACCCUCAUCUCCUCCACAAAAUCAAGAACAUCCUCUUGUCUGAGGAGAUCAAGAACCAGGAAUACUCUGGUCAUGGACACGGAGGACACGGACACGGACACGGCAUCUCCUCCCAAUACGGUGUCCCCGCCCCCGUAUACGGUGUCCCCAGCCAGAAGGUUGUUGGCAUUGAACUCGACCACGUCCAGCAAGCUAUCCAGGUCGCCCAGUACCACCAGGCUGAAGAAGUUUACGCCGGCGGACACGGCUACUACUCUGGUGGUCACGGUGGAUACUCCUCUGGUGGUCACGGUGGAUACUCCUCCGGCGGUCACGGUGGAUACUCAUCCGGUGGUCAUGGUGGAUUCUCCUCCGGCGGUCACGGAGGCUCCUCUCACUACACCACCAUCGGAAUCCCCUCUGGAUCUUACGGAGUACCCUCCGAGUCAUACGGUCACCCCCACUAA